UGCUGCCAUUGACUAAAACCAGGAGCUGCUAUCUGCGGGAAAAACGCGCAUCAAACAUUUACGCGCUCGGCUCCAUUCGGCCUGGUUUGGGUCUGAUUUUUUUCCUGCACAUGUAGACUUAUUAUCCACGUCCAGCUGUGUGGUCAUAGUCCGGGUUUGGUGAUCAAGGAGGGCGUUUAUGAUUUAUCGAGAUGAUAUGAAUGUCACCCGGUCAAGGUCCGCGCUCCCGACGCAACAGCCGCGGCUGGAUUCCUCUGCGUCCGCUGGGAAACAUCUGCCGCAAGCGUUCGGAUGAUCUGCUCCUGAUUUCCACCGGACAAAAACAAAAGGAUUGGGAUUUUUUGAUUGUGUGUUUGUGUGUGGUUUGAGCAACGUGGGAGCUUCACAGUGGACAUGACAUGCUGCGGUACAACGGGAAUAAUAUGGAUUGGAAAAUAUUGAUGAUGUGACUGCGACAAAAUGAUCCCCAGCUUUAACCCUGUGCGCAAAUAUCUAACAUUAUUGAGUAAGUCUGCUUUUUUCUGCACAUGGAUGCUGGAUCUCAUGGACUGAUUUAUUGUUUAAUACCAAUAUAUGCGCGCAAGACCCCCUCUUCUUCUUCUUCUUCCUCCUUCUUCUCUUCCUCUUCAUCAUCAUCACCUCUUAUUGUCUGAAUCCUCCACUUUGCAUUCAUCCAAAUAAAGGACUCUGGACAUCAUGUCGGCUGUAAUGAUAACAAGAAAGGUGCGGAAAUGGGAGAAGCUGCCUGGGAAAAACACUUUCUGCUGUGAUGGGAGGGUGAUGAUGGCCCGGCAGAAGGGUGUCUUCUACCUGACCCUGUUCCUCAUCAUCGGAACCUGCUCCCUCUUCUUCGCUUUUGAAUGUCCGUACCUGGCCGUCCAUCUGUCUCCUGCCAUCCCAGUUUUUGCCGCCGUGCUCUUCCUCUUCGUCAUGGCCAUGUUACUGAGGACCAGCUUCAGCGACCCGGGGGUUCUCCCACGAGCGCUGCCAGAGGAAGCCACCUUCAUCGAGAUGGAAAUAGAGGCUGCCAAUGGGAACGUCCCCGCAGGGCAGCGACCCCCGCCUCGGAUCCGCAACGUCCAGAUCAACAACCAGAUCGUCAAACUGAAGUACUGCUACACCUGCAAGAUCUUCCGACCACCUCGAGCGUCUCACUGCAGCAUCUGUGACAACUGCGUCGACCGCUUUGAUCACCACUGUCCAUGGGUGGGUAACUGUGUGGGCAAGAGAAACUACCGAUACUUCUACCUGUUCACCCUGUCGCUGUCUCUGCUCACCAUCUACAUCUUCACCUUCGACAUCGUCCACGUGGCCAUGCGCUCGGUGGAUAGCGGCUUUCUGAACACUUUAAAAGAAACUCCUGGAACUGUGCUGGAGGUGUUGGUGUGUUUCUUCACCCUGUGGUCAGUGGUGGGACUGACCGGCUUCCACACCUACCUCAUCUCUCUGAACCAGACCACCAAUGAGGACAUUAAAGGAUCCUGGUCGGGAAAAAACAGAGUCCAGAACCCAUACAGCCACAAGAACAUCAUCAAAAACUGCUGUGAGGUGCUCUGUGGGCCGACGUACCCAAGCGUCUUAGACAGAAGAGGACUGAUGCAGGAGGAUUCCUCUGUUUCGACGUGUGCUGAUCCCACCUCUUCCUCAACCUCCACCUCCUCUUCAUCGUCCGGCGGCAACAACACUGUGUCACAAACCACGCAUGCUAUCCUCUGCCUACAGAAACCCACAGCUCCACUCAUCCCUAAUGAGCACACACCUGAUGAUGCCAAGCCGAGUAUCGCUGCCUCAGCAGAGAAAAGCUCUUCCCCCAAAGAGGAGCAUCCCCCCGCUACCAAGGUCCCGCCCCUGGCUUCGCCCGAGACUGAUGCAGAGACAUCCAUCGCCAAGGACAAGACCCAUUAGCUGCAUGAGGGGGCGGCUCCUGUCCUCGGGCCCUCCCUCAGCAUCCUGCACGGUCAGGAAAUGAAACGUUAACAAUCAAUCUCUGAUUACUGCGCGGGUGACUCAGUUAUUCGUUGACUCCUGCCCUACAUUCCACCAGAGGAGCAGAGUUACUGCAGCAGCUCCUCCUCUUCCCUCCUCUCGUCUCCUGUAGCCGCAGAGCUGUUUGAUUGACAUUUACUCCUGAGGGAGGAGGGUGACUUAGUGGGAAGUCAGCAGAUUCCUCUGUGUCCUGAACACUGCAUGGAAAAGACCCAGAGGGGAACACACUGCUGGAGAAACUGCAGAGAAACGUCACCUGUGGGCUCUCUCUGAUUAUCAGUACUACUUUUUUUGUUUAUUUAAAAUGGCAUUUAUUGUGAGAGGCCAGUGCAAAUAUACUCUUAUGUCUGGCAAAGACAAUAUUACUUCUGGACAUGUGUAAAACUUCAUACGUAGUCAGUUUUUGUUGUGCACAUAUAACAUGCCCUAUGCAAAUCAUAAGAGGGAUGAAUAAGCAGCGUUUUGUGAGUAGAAGGGUUACAUCUGAGUACACAGGGAUGUCCAGGCAGGGGGAAGACAUGCAAAUGUUAAGCUGUAUUUUCUAGAGCUGGGUACCAGACUUCAAUAGUUUUAUGCUUAGAUACAGUUGAGUAGCGUAAAAUACCUUCUUCUAAAUCUGAUUGUACAAAGAAAGGCUGGUUAUCGGCCGUGUAAUGUAAUGUUACACACAUAUUAUUUCCAAUUAAUAACCUAAAAUCUCAUUAUGAACCAAAACAAUUUUCACACUUCUCAUAGUUACAAAAGAUCUGAAACAAUGUGUUUUGCGCAGAAAAGCAUCUGUGCAAAACCAACGUCCUCAUGUCUUUUUGAUUUAAUGGAUUUGAGUGGAAGGUAAGAAUGCAUGGUUUUGGUAUUGAAUGAUACCCAGCCCUAGAAAGGUCCUAAAGGCUCCUUCCAGGCAAGUAAAAAUCUACCUUUUAUUCUGUUAUUGCUGCAUUCAGUACUGUUGAUAUGUGCAUCUUUUUUAGAAUAAGUGAUCUGGUCCAGACGACGCCUGUCCUUCCGUUUUUAUACCGUUGAGGAUGUAAUGCGACGACAGCUGAAAUCGCUUCACACACAGUGCAAGUGUUGAGUGUGUGAGUAAAGGCCUGACUUCUGAUGAUCGCAGACACUAGUAACAGUGCCUUAUCACAACAGUUGCACUUUAAGAUGCAACUGAGGUCAACCAACAGAGAAGAUGUAGUGUACUAUAAACACAGUUUUAAAUGAGAAAUGCCAACAUUCAUACACUGUUUAGUCCAGCGGUUCCCAACCUGUGAAUCUAAACCCACGAGAGUUUUAUGUGGUCUGAAAUGAUUGAAACAGCUGCAAACAAAGGUGGACCGAGCAGGAUUUGUACUGAAGACGGUGCUUAUGUGGCAUGUAUGUAAUAAUUAGACUUAGUAAAAUUAUGUCUUAAAUCAAACCUGUAUUUAAGACUAAAAAAUCCUUGAGAUUUCUGUCAUUUACAAUUACGUUAAGAUAUAGAGAUGAGAAAUUUAUAGACAAAACAUGCAGAAUUACCUAACUGUAAUGAGUUUUUAUGGGUAAUAAUAGAUGUUUGUUUUUUUUUUUUUUCAGGCAGUAUUCAAAAAGAGGGAUAAAUUACAUUUUAACAACUAUGAAAGCCCAUUUCCUUGACUGUGUUUGGGGGAAAAAAAAUCUUGUAAAUCAGAACAGUGUUUCAGAACACUUUCACUGCUCAUUUGGUUUGGAUUUUCAGACUAUUAAAUUUAGUCCGAAGCAAACGCACAGGUAUUAACCCUCCACUGGACCAAACAGAGGUGGUCCCUGUCGCACUUUUGGACACUCAAGAAAUAACACUCUUUUUUUUGCAUCUCGUGUGCAUAUAUAUCAGCAUCCAAAGAGCACCUCAAACAAAAAAAACACAAUUUGAAGGCACUUUUUCCAGCAUUUUUUGUCACACUUUUUUGGAUAGUUAAGACUUUCAGACAAAUCUCAGGAAAUUACACAAAGCUAUUGCAGCAAAAAAAAACAUCAAAGAAGAAAAACAAUCUGAAAACAGAGGAUGCUUAAAAAAAAAAAAGCAGUUUAGACAACAGCAUACAUAGAUGAUGACAUCAGCAUCAUAUGGAAGUAAAACUAACUGGACCAAAUAUAUGCAAUGUACCUAUAACCUUGUUUCAGAUUUUCAGCUACAAAAAUGCUCGUGAAAUCUUGCCUUAGUAUCUGAAGAUAAAAAAAAAAUCAUGAAAAAGCGAUAGCUCAAAAAACAGAUACUAUGUAAAAAUUUUAGAUACAAAAAAACAUCUUAUUAUUUCAAGCUUCUAGAUCCUUAUUAUCAGAUACUAACUCCUAGUUUGGACUUACAGGAGCUUUUUUUGUCAUCACAGUGACUGAAAUGGGCCUCCAUAGGGAUCUAUAAUCUGUGAUAAGUCACGUUAAGUACAUCUGCACUCAGGUCUAGGUUUAUACUUUUGCCACAGCAUUAACCUGUACCUUUAAGAACAAUCAAUUAAAGACAAAGUGAAUUUGUUGUAUUUAAUAUUGUUGCCACUAUGAUGUAGUAAUAACCAGUAAAGGAAAGACGAAAUAUGGACUUUUUUUGGACAUUUUUACCAGGUUUUCACUUGUGGACUAGAACAAUUAAACUAUUAUCUCUGUAUUGAUAGAAUAAGAUUAAAAACAGGAGCCCUCGGAUAGUUUUAACGCUUCAUUAUUUCAUUAUUUUGUGGGUUUCAGAUCCUCAUGUUGGGAAUCACCGAGUUAAACUAAAUGAAGCAAAAACUAAGCAUAGCCAUUGUUAAAUUGUACAUAGUUUUUGCAGGUAUAAAUGUACUGAAAUCCUCUUAGCAGAUGAGUGAGGAGGACAGAUAAGCAGCAUGGUUUUUUUAAGAUAUGUGUGAUCAGUGUUAGUUAUUCUGCCUGUGAGCUUGUGCACCUCCUCCUGUAAAUCACACCACAGCUGAUCUUCCUGAGAGACGUCUCUUCUCCUGCCGAUCUCUGCCUUCUCCCCCUCCGUAAAAAAAAAAUAUCUUUCAGAUUAAACUCCCUCUCCUGUCUCCUCUUUCCCCCCUGCACUUUUACUGUGACAGUUAUCCCUACGCUCAAGGCCGAGCAGCUUCCAGCAGACUCAUUAUCGCAGAGAAGGAGGGAGAUGUGUUCAGUCGUUUCUUUUCACACUAUUUUUCACACAUUUUGGUUUGGUUAUGGAGAUCGCUCGAGGGGACAGAUUUCACACAAAGAUAAUCGAGAGACGGUGAAGCUAAUUCUUACUAUUUAAAUGAUGUUAGCUGAUAGCGAGAGUUUGUAUUAGUGAUUGUGUUGUAUGCAAGACAGACUUAGUGUUUGUGAAAUAUACUUGUGUAGAAAUCCUAGUGUGUCACCAGUAUUGCAUCAGACUUUGAGAUCUGCCCAAGAAUAUUUAUUAUUAAAUUUAAAAAAAAAAGUCUUAAAUGCUCCUAAAUAACUUCAACUCUUAUUGGCAGGAUUGCUCCCUUAUUGUACGACCAAACAAACACAUGAACAGGAAUGGUUACAUGAAGGAUUAUAGGAGCAGUAUAUGGAUGUAUAUAUACAGCUGUAAUGACGGCUGUAGGGUUAUUUUUAUUGUAACAUGUGCCUGCCAGUUUAAGAAUGAAAACCAACUGACAGGAAAAAGAUUAAUGUAGACCUGAAACAACCAGUAUAAUCUAUUUAUUGACCCGUGUGUUUUUUAUCUGGAUUAAUCAACUGUUUCAGAAAAUGGUUAAAAGUUGAUAUGUUCAGUUUUGAUAAAAACCCAAAGAGCAUCCAAGAAGGUGAAUAAUUUUAUAAAUCUGCAGCCAGUGAAUUUUUUUUAAUCUUUUUUUUUUCCAACUAUAAUUUACUUUCUGAAGUAUUUAUUCAAAUGGUUGCAGAUUAUUUUCUCUUACUGUAUUUCAGCUCAAGGUUAAAUCUUUUACCUCUGUUUACUUUGUCUCCAAUGCACUCAGUUGAGACCAGUAAAGAUUAAUGACACAUCUGUAUUAAUAGAUGCUGUAUAUUGUGUUGCAAUAGUUUGUGUGAGCUAAAGAAAUGUAACAUUUGUUGGAAAAACUCUCGAGGAAAUGUUGAUUUUCCAAUAUGAAGUACUAAACCACGGCCAGUUUCUGUGGCUGAACUCGGUGGGUUGUGUUUGUGGAAAGUAUCUGAAGGCUGUUUGUUGUAUUAUUUGCUUGUCACUGAGAAGCAAGAAUGUAUUUGAUUGAUAUUAAAGAAGGGACGUUUGUGUUUCAGAGCAGAUUUUAAAGGGACUGACUGGCGAACCUCAGUUUUUAGCUCUGUGAGUCUGCAGAGCGACCGAGCUGAGUUCUUGUAUGUAUGAUUUCUGUAUUACAUAUGACAUAAUCAGAUCUGAAUGCUCUGAUCAACCUAUUAAAUUGCAUUAUGUAUACAGAUACAGAACUAUACCAUCGAAGGAAUUCUUAUUUAUGUUCACUUUGUUUAGUAUCAACACUGUGAUUCUAUGUAUUUCAUUCAAUUUACUUCACUUCUUUUUACAUGAUCAAUGUGUCUGGUAAAUAAACAAUAAUGCCUUAUUA